UCCCGUGCACCAGGGCUCGUAAAAUUUCCUGUUGUUAUUCUGCUGUCGAAAUGGCCUCCAAGUUGGGUGGAAGGCCUUCAGUGGAACAUGUUUCGUCUCUCGCCGAAGUUGUAGAGAUAAUUCUAUCUUUCUUGCCGGCUAGAGCGCUUUUUAGUUGCGCGCAAGUUAGUCGCUUGUGGCGAGACACUGCUAGACGAGUUCUUCGUUCACGACAAAAAUUGGGAUGGCUUAGUUUUGAGGCUCACCAUGAACCUCACGUAGCUCCCUGUACCUCAAAGCUCUCAAUGGAAAUGCUUGGACAGAAAAUUGUUGAAUUCUUGGAUGAGCUACCCAUUGUUCCUGCAGCCUGCAUUGUCUUACUGAGCAGAUGUAGGGUUCACCUUCAAGAAGGAAAAAAAGAUGAAAUAAAAACCUUAGUAACAACUGUAAAGGGAUGUUUACCUCGCUCAUGUGCCCUUAUUGGAAGUGUUGGAGCAGGAGUUAUUGGAACAGCAGAGGGUGGUUUUGCAGAAGAGUUGGAAAGUGCUGAAGGUGUUGCUUUAUUGCUCAUGCCACAAGUUGAAGGUGUUUCAGCAGAGGUUAUAAAUUUGAGUGCCACAGAGGUUAAGAAUAACAGAACAUUCAAAUCUCGCUGGGAGAAAUCUCUGAGACUUCCCCCUGAUGGUACAGUCAAGUGCGCUUUUCUUUUAGCCAAGGGUGACACAUAUAAUCUUGAUGUUAUAGGAAAAACAGCAUCAGGAAUUUGGCAGGUUUGUAACAGUGAAGAAGAUUAUAAGUCAGAUGUAGUAAUAAUUGGAGGACUUGUUGAGUCAUUUGUGAUGGUGGAUAAUGAAGUGAAGAAUGCAGGUGUCGUAGGACUUGCAUUUACAGGAAAUGUUGAGGCUGUUUCAAUGGUUCAUCAUGGAGAAACAGUAGAAGGUGUUCAGGAAAGUCUAAAGGAGCUGAGGAAGUGUGGCAUCACCUGCAACAAAAAUACCGCUUGUUUUAUGGUGUCAUGCAUUGGUCGAGGUCAGGAAUUUUACCAUGCCAAGAAUGUAGAGACUGGAAUUUUUCAACAAGUAUUUCCUGGUAUUCCAGUGGUUGGUUUCUUUGGAAAUGGAGAACUGGGUCUGGAUCUGCAUUCACAUGAAAGAGAUGGCCAUUUUCUACACUCCUAUUCAUCAGUAUUUUGUUUGUGUUCCUUGCCAUCACAAUCUAAUGACAGUUUACCUGCUCAAGCCACAGUUAUCUCUGUUACCAAGGAGCUCAAGCAAGAUGAGAAAGAUGACAAGCCAUCUAAGUGUACUUGA